AUGGAGUAUGUUAAAGUGAAUGCGAACGGGAGAUCUGGGGGGUUGAUAUCAAUGUGGAGUACAGGAGCAUUUAAAAAAGAUAUGGAGGUGACAAAUCAAAACUUUAUUCUAGUAAAAGGCAAAGUAACAGGUGAAGAAGAUGACAUGGUGGUGGUGAAUGUUUAUGCCCCAACAAUUCAAAGUAACAGAAGACAAUUGUGGGACGAAUUAUUGGAGCUGAAACAGUCAAUUCAUGGAAGAUGGAUCCUUUUAGGAGACUUCAAUGAGGUACGCUACCCUGAAGAUAGAUUUAAUUCACAGUUUGAUGCGGGGGGAGCAUUAUGUUUUAACAAUUUUAUUAUGAACGCCGGGUUACAAGAAUAUAAUAUGGGAGGAAAAAGAUUCACUUAUAUGUCGGGGGAUGGAAGAAACCUCAGUAAAAUUGAUAGAGUCUUAGUAUGUGGGGAAUUUGUUAUGAGAUGGCCAGAUGCUACUUUAUUGGCUCUAAACAGAGACGUGCCGGACCACUGUCCAUUGGUCCUAACAACAAUCGGUAAUAAUUUUGGACCAACCCCUUUUCGGAUUUUUCAUAGUUGGAUGGAGGCCAGCGGUUUUGACGAAGCAAUUAAAAAGGGUUUGAAUGUGGUUGUUGAAUCAAACUUCAAAGAUGAAUGUAUGGCGAGUAAACUCAAAGCAAUAAAAGAGGAAUUGAAAAAAUGGAGAAUCAGUGAGAAAGCAAAGGAAGAAGAACAGUUGGCUAUCGCAAAUGAAAACAUUCAGAAGCUGGAAUCAGUGGCGGAAACAAGGCCGCUCACUGAUCAGGAGAUUGGUACUUGGCAGGGGUAUAAGAAAAUGGUAAAAGAUUGGCAAAUAGCAAAAACAAAGGACCUGAUGCAACAAUCAAGAAUAAAAUGGAUCGCCUUGGGUGAUGAGAAUUCAACUUUCUUUCAUGCCGUGGUAAACAGUCAUAAGAUUAGGAACAAAGUGAAUGGAUUAUGGAUUGAUGGGGUGUGGGUUACAGAAGCUAAUGUUAUAAAGGAGAGGUUUAUGGUAGCCUUUAAGGAGAAAUUUAAAGAACCGGUUCAUACAAGACCAAGGAUAGGCAUGGAAGGAUUUAAAAGAUUGUCGGAUAAUGAGAGUUCGGAACUCAUAGUACAGUUUAAGGAGGAGGAGGUAAGAAAAGCAAUAUGGGAGUGUGGUGGAGACAAAGCCCCGGGUCCUGACGGAGUAACAUUUUCAGUAAUAAAAAAUAUUGGGAAGAGCUGA